GAGGAAGCUGUGAGGAAGCCUAGCAAGCAACAUGACAUAAUACGAGCUGGUGAUGUUGUGUAACUACAUGUCUUCUUCAUCACCAUGCCUGUAGAAGCUGCAGACCCCCAGCCGUCCUCCUCCUUCUCCAGCCCGGUUAGUGCUGCUCUCACUCCAGGAGGUUUGGAGGAGGAUGGAUCUGCAAGAGGUUCUGCAGUCUGUACUUUCCCUGAGAACGGUCAUGGUUCUGAGGCAGCUGCAGCCUACCCUGCCAACACUGGACCCGGGGAAGGUAACAGUGCCGGCAAGCGGUCGGGGACCUUGCUGCAGAUCGACCGUCAGCGCAUCAAAGUGGCAUCUGCCAGCUCUGGAGCAGACGAGCUGCAAGGCCUUGGUGUGUUUGUGUAUGAUCAGGAUGUCCUCGAGCAAGGUGUUCUGCAACAAGUGGAUGAGGCGAUCCAUGAAGCGAGUCAGGCUGCGGCAAAAGCUGAGGCUGAGAAGGAGUACGAGUCUGUACUAGAUGAUGUCAGGUCUGUUACAUCAUCUUUAAAACACAUCAACAAGAUUAUUGAGCAGCUGUCUCCCUAUGCAGCCUCCAGCAAGGAUAUCAGCAGGAAAAUUGAGUCUGUAAAACGACAGAAAGAAAAUAAGGAGAAACAGCUGAAAAAAGUAAGAGCGAAACAGAAGCGACUUCAGGCCGUACUGGGAGGAGAGGACAUUCAGAGAGUGGAAGCCGAGUUGCUGGCUGAAGAUGAUGGAGAAGACGAAUCUGGACCAUCCACGCUGGGCAGCAUGCUCAUGCCGGCACAGGAGACCGAAUGGGAGGAACUCAUCCGGAAAGGUCACAUGACUCCUUUCGGUACCCGAAUCCCACAGAAGGAAGUAAAGAAGGAGCCUCGGAAACUGAUGCUGGCUGAGAACUCUGCAUUUGACCAGUACCUCGCGGACCAGGCCAAAUUGGCCACAGAGCGGAAGAAGGUACCUCUUCUUAAGAAGAAGAAAAGUUCUGCACUCCACCUUUAUGAGAGGACCAAAACAGGAAAAAACGUCUCCUCAUCCAAGGACAAAAAACUGAAGAAGCGCAUGCGAAAGCUGCAGAUAAAUGCUUUGAAAACCCAUCCUAAGGCUCGACCCAAGGCUGAGCCAAAACUUCCUAAGCUUCGGAGGAAACAACGCACAGAGGGAGAGCAGACAGACAGCGAGGGGUCAGAGUACCUGCCCAGUGAUGAGGGACUGGACUUAGACCAGGAGGAGAGGGAAGCCCUGGAGGAGGGCUUUGGGGAUAGCAAUGAUGAAGAGUAUGAACUAAAACCGUACAAGAAAAAAAUGGUGGGCACAGGAAAGAAGAAAAUGAAGAAAAACAAAAGUGAGGAUGAAUACUCUCCUGAGAGUUCAGACGACGACAAUAACCAGGGUAGAUCAAAAAAAUAUAAAGACGAUGGGGAUGUGGACUCCUAUAGGCAGCGAAUAAGGAAAUGGAAGCGACAGCGGAUUCGAGAACGAGAAGAGAAGCGAGAAAGGGGGGAGGAGCUUACAGACGACAGUGACGCAGAGUUUGACGAAGGUUUCAAAGUUCCUGGUUUCCUCUGGAAAAAACUGUACAAGUACCAGCAGACCGGUGUGCGGUGGAUGUGGGAACUCCACUGUCAGCAGGCAGGAGGCAUCCUGGGAGACGAGAUGGGAUUGGGCAAAACCAUCCAGGUCAUCAGCUUUCUGGCAGGACUAAGCUACAGUAAACUGAGGACUAGAGGGUCCAACUACAGAUACGUCGGUUUGGGUCCAACAGUGAUCGUGUGCCCGGCCACUGUGAUGCACCAGUGGGUGAAGGAGUUCCACACCUGGUGGCCUCCUUUCAGAGUGGCAGUCCUGCAUGAAACCGGCUCUUUCACCAGCAACAAGGAAAAGUUGAUUCCAGAGAUAGCAGCGGGUCAUGGCAUCCUGAUCACAUCAUAUUCAGCAGUGAGAAAUUUGCAAGACAUCUUACAGCGCUAUGCUUGGCACUAUGUUAUACUGGAUGAAGGCCACAAGAUCAGGAACCCAAACGCUGGUGUCACCGUCGCCUGCAAACAGUUUCGCACUCCUCACAGAUUUAUCCUGUCCGGCUCACCGAUGCAGAACAACUUGAAGGAGCUGUGGUCUCUGUUUGACUUCGUCUUCCCUGGCAAACUAGGGACACUUCCUGUCUUCAUGGAGCAGUUUUCUGUGCCAAUAACUAUGGGAGGAUACAGUAACGCAUCACCUGUCCAGGUCCAGACGGCGUUCAAGUGUGCAUGUGUGUUGAGGGACACAAUAAAUCCUUACCUGCUCAGGAGAAUGAAGGACGACGUCAAGGCCAACCUCUCCUUGCCUGACAAAAACGAACAGGUGCUGUUCUGCAGAUUAACAGAGGAGCAGCGGCAGGUUUAUCAAAGCUUCUUAGAUUCCAAAGAAGUCUACCAAAUACUAAAUGGUGACAUGCAGGUUUUCUCAGGUUUGAUUGCGCUGCGUAAGAUCUGCAACCACCCAGACCUUUUCUCCGGCGGGCCCCGAAUCCUGAGGGGAAUCCCAGAGGACCAGCUAACCGAGGAGGAACACUUUGGCUUUUGGAAACGCUCGGGCAAGCUGAUGGUGGUUGAGUCACUGCUGCGCCUCUGGUUCAAACAGGGCCAGCGGGUCCUGCUCUUCACUCAGUCUAGACAGAUGCUGGACAUCUUGGAGGUGUUUGUGAGGGAGAAGGACUACUCGUACCUGAAAAUGGACGGUACGACCGCAAUUGCUUCCCGACAGCCGCUCAUUGCUCGCUACAACGAGGACAAAUCCAUUUUUAUCUUCCUGCUGACCACUAAAGUUGGUGGUCUGGGAGUCAAUCUGACUGGAGCCAACAGAGUUAUCAUUUAUGACCCAGACUGGAACCCCAGCACCGACACACAGGCUCGAGAACGAGCGUGGAGAAUAGGUCAAAAGCAGCAGGUAACAAUCUACAGGCUACUGACUGCAGGGACCAUUGAAGAGAAAAUCUACCACAGGCAAAUCUUCAAGCAAUUUCUCACCAAUCGCAUUCUGAAGGAUCCCAAACAAAGACGGUUCUUCAAGUCUAAUGACAUCUACGAGCUUUUUACUUUGGCUGAUCCCGAUGGAACGCAGGGAACAGAGACAAGUGCUAUAUUUGCAGGCACCGGAUCUGACGUCAAAGUACCCAAGAAACCUGACAGGUUAAAGUCCUCACCCUCCGUCAGCCAUGAUUAUAGACCAUCUGCAGAAAAACAGAGAGAAUCCGGUGCAGAGAACAGAAACUCAUUAUUAUUAAGUCACUCCAGCAUGUCUCCAUCCAGUGGAAACUCUCAGGGUAAAUCAAACAAGCCAACGAACAGUUGGAGCACAAACCAAAAUGCAAAAAAUAUAGAGAUGAGUAAUUCUCCAAAUAUGCUUCUUGUAAGAGAUGGUAAUGAUUCGGGUUUAGUUGAGGGAGCAAACGAAAGGCCAUCCUCAACCAGCUGCCACCAGCACAGAGACACAGACAGAGGAAAGCACAGGGAAAAAAGAAAGCACUGUGACUCCACGGGUACGGACAAACACAGGCGUAAAAAACGGAAGCACUCCCGGGAUGCUCGCUUCGAAGGCCACCGGAUCUCUCAUCUGGUGAAGAAACGUACUUUCAAUAAACAAGAAAACAAAGAGACUUCGACAGAAGACCAGAAGAAAUCUGACGAUUACGUCUUGGCAAAGCUCUUUAGGAAAGCCGGUAUCCACAGUGUGAUGCAACAUGACAGCAUCAUGGAGUCAUCCAACCCGGACUAUGUUCUAGUGGAAGCAGAAGCCAACAGGGUGGCUCAAGAUGCACUCAAAGCCCUUAAGAUUUCUCGGCAGCAGUGCAGGUUGCCUUACAAUAGACCUCCUCCUCCGCCUACUAAAAAACGUUUUGGACAGAAGAAGAAUUCACUCUUAGUCACGUCUUCUGCCCAGCCUGUCGCCGCUUCUGUUAAAUGCAAGGAUGCUGCUGUUGUGACGAAGUCUGUCUCAAAGAAGCCAACUGCAGGAGCUCAUUUUAGUGGGGAAGGAGCAGAUGAUGAUUCAAACUCAGCGCCGCUGUCGUCCAGUUCUCUGCUGGCCAAGAUGAAAGCUCGAAACCACAUCGCUAAGCCUUCCUCCCAGGGAGCAGCAGCAGAGGAGGAAGAGGAGGAGAGCGGCCCUGGAGCUCCAGGAACAAGCGCUCCUCCUGCUCCCCCCACUGAGCACGACGAGCUGCUGGUGGAUCUGCGCAACUUUGUGGCCUUCCAGGCGAGUGUGGACGGCGAGGCCACCACGCAGGAGGUGCUGGAGUAUUUCAAACCCAGACUGACCCAGAAACAGGCGCCCAUCUUCAGAGAGCUGCUCAGGAGCAUCUGUGACUUUCACCGGACCUGUGGUCAGGAGGGCAUCUGGAGGCUGAAGGGGAACUUUCGCUGAAGCAAAGGAAUGACUGUCAACUAGAGGGAAAAGAAAAAAAAAAAAAAAAAACUUCCAGCUAUUAGCCUCAUAUGAUGAAGCUUAUGUUUUUUUAUGUUUGUGAAAUACUCGCCAAACAGCGAUAAUAAUAUUUUGAUAUCAAUCAGGAAUACAACGUUUAAAUGGUGCUUUUGGGACUCUUUCUUGGAAAGCCAGUUUACUGUCUGAAACUUGAGUUGUAGCGUUGUUGCACAUGUCUCCAUGAUUUUUGUUCAAUUCAAUCUGGCUGUCUAUGAAUUCAUUUUUGUGUCAUAUUGUCAAGCCAUAUUACCUCAUAUGCUGUCAGGUGAAUUGUUUCCACUUAAACCACCUCACUUUUGUUAGAUUUGUGAUAUUUUUCUAUCAAGGGGAAAGUGUGCCACUUUAUAAAUAUCACUGUACAGCAGAUUUUGGUGAAUUUUCUAAUGACUGACUGAUCGAUCUGUCUGAAUAAAUGGACCUUAAGUUGCUUCAUGUGGGGGGAAAAAAAUCUACCUGCCUUUUUGUAGGUAAAAUUCAAAUUACGGUUGUAAAUUAGUCACUAUAUUUAACUUAAUAUGAAUCUCCUGUCUUUUCUUGCAUAUUUUUUGUGCAGUAAACAUCUGUAAGCUCAUGUUUUUAUGUAAAAAAAAUACAAAAAGAAAAGUGGGUCAGAAUUUA